ACUUCCAGAAAGCUGUGGGCCCUGGGAUACUCCCCUCCCAGGGUGUCUGGUGGCAGGCCUGUGCCUAUCCCUGCUGUCCCCGGGGUGGGCCCCGGGGGUCAGGAGCUCCAGAAGGGCCAGCUGGGCAUAUUCUGGGAUUGGCCAUCAGCCCCCAUUUCUGCUGCAAACCAGGUCAAAGCCGGUGUUCCCUCCAUGGGGCCUAAAGACAGUGCCAAGUGCCUGCACUGUGGACCACAGCCGAGCCACUGGGCAGCUGGUGAUGGUCCCGCACAGGAGCACUGUGGACCCCGCUCUCUGGGCAGCCCUGUCCUAGGCCUGGACACCUGCAGAGCCUGGGACCACGUGGAUGGGCAGAUCCUGGGCCAGCUGCGGCCCCUGGCAGAGGAGGAAGAGGAGGAGGGCGCCGGGGCCACCUUGUCCAGGGGGCCUGCCUUCCCCGGCAUGGGCUCUGAGGAGUUGCGCCUGGCCUCUUUCUAUGACUGGCCGCUGACCGCUGAGGUGCCACCCGAGCUGCUGGCUGCUGCCGGCUUCUUCCACACAGGCCAGCAGGACAAGGUGAGGUGCUUCUUCUGCUACGGGGGCCUGCAGAGCUGGAAGCGCGGGGACGACCCCUGGACCGAGCAUGCCAAGUGGUUCCCCAGCUGUCAGUUCCUGCUCCGGUCAAAAGGAAGAGACUUUGUCCACAGUGUGCAGGAGACUCACUCCCUGCUGCUGGGCUCCUGGGACCCGUGGGAAGAACCGGAAGAUGCAGCCCCUGCGGCCCCCUCCGUCCCUGCCUCUGGGGACCCUGAGCUGCCCACGCACAGAAGAGAGGUCCAGUCUGAAAGCGCCCAGGAGCCAGGAGGAGUCAGUCCAGCCCAGGCCCAGAGGGCGUGGUGGGUUCUUGAGCCCCCAGGAGCCAGGGAUGUGGAGGAGCAGCUGCGGCGGCUGCAGGAGGAGAGGAGGUGCAAGGUGUGCCUGGACCGCGCCGUGUCCAUCGUCUUUGUGCCGUGCGGCCACCUGGUCUGUGCUGAGUGUGCCCCCAGCCUGCAGCUGUGCCCCAUCUGCAGAGCCCCCGUCCGCAGCCGCGUGCGCACCUUCCUGUCCUAGGCCAGGUGCCAUGGCUGGCCAGCUGGGCUGCGGAGUGGGCUCCCUGCCCCUCUCUGCCUGUUCUGGACUGUGUUCUGGGCCUGCUGAGGACGGCAGAGCUGGUGUCCACCCAGCACUGACCAGCCCUGAUUCCCCGACCACUGCCCGGGGUGGAGAAGGAAGCCCCUGCUUGGUGUGGGGGAUGGCUUUACUGUACCUAUUUGAAUGCUUCUGAAUAGAAAUAAAGUGGGUUUUCCCUGAAUGUA